AUGGGUUUAAUUGACGUCGAACUGCUUGAUCUGUUGAUCCGUUUGGAUGACUGGUUCGAGAAAAAACGGGCCCUGCAGCUCAUCGAAACAAUGCAUGGCGACGCACUUUCACUGCUGUACAGCGAAACGGCGAAAAGACGUUCAGCGCCAGCCGAUGGAAACAGCUCAAACGCACAAGCGGCAUUGAGUGAC